AUGGAGGGCGGACUAUCGUUUCACUCGGGUCUGGUGAGAGCCCAUACCACCUAUACCGUCUCCCAUCCUCCACCACCACCGUCGCCGUCGCCAACCACGCAGACAGCACACGCCCGGAUGACCUCGACCGGGCCGCCUGCCCUCAUGUCGCACCAGAGCUUCCAGAGCACCUACUCGACCUACUCGCACAGCAGUGCGCGCGACACCCAGAGCACCCAGGCCACCUCCACCUCGACCCUCUUUGGGCCCCCCUCGACCUUCCCCCCCUCGACCUCGUCGACGCCCGUCAACGGCGGUCCCGUCGAAGCCUCGGAAAACGUUCUCAACAAGCGCGCCGACAAGGACACCUCGCUGUUCCAACGAUGCCUGACGCUGCAGAUGCGCCUGCGCGGCAUCCCCGGCUUCGACCGCUGGAUGGCCGAGGAGGAGGACAAGGCCGACGACGAUGCUGAUCCCGUCACCCUGCUCUGGAGGACCUUCCGUCGUGGCUACCCCCUCAUGGAGCUCUACAACGCCCUCGAGCCCCACACCCUGCUCACCAUCCCAAACUCCAAGCAGGAUGAAAAGAGCCUCAAGAAGAACGAGAAAAUGGCCUGCUACAAGUUUAUCCAAAGCUGCGUCGCCAACCUUAAAAUGCCCCAGGAGAGCUGCUUCAUUCUUGGCGACCUUUACGGUGACGACACAACUGGCUUUGUCAAGGUCACCAACGUAGUCAACAAAGUCUUGGACGAACUCGUAGCCCGAGGCAAGAUUUCUGGCGUUACUGCCGGAUCUGGCGAGGAUGCAGAUGGCGUAGUCACUAAGCGCACCCAACGCGAGCACAUCAUUGACGAGCUGGUCAAGACAGAACGCACCUAUGUGCAGCAUCUGGAGCUGCUGCAAGAAUUUAAGAAGCUUGUGGAAGAAAAAGGUGUCAUUAGCGGAGAUUUGGUUCACGACAUUUUCCUCAACUUAAACGCCCUCCUUGAUUUCCAGCGCCGUUUCCUCAUCCGUGUCGAGCAGACAAACGCACAGCCCGCUGAGGAGCAAAACUGGGGAAACCUUUUCGUUUUGUACAAGGACGCAUUCAAAGUCUACGAGCCGUAUAUUGCAAACCAAAGAAAAUGCGAGGCAACAGCUAUGCGCGAAUUCGACAAGCUCAAGGAAACUGGAGGUCCAGAAGAGAUGCGGCAAAUGGUUGAAUCGCCCACUUUGCUUGCAUCCUUUUUGCUCAAACCAUUCCAGCGACUUACCAAGUACCCGCUUCUUCUCCAGCAACUCCGAGACAAGGGCGAUCUGGACGAAGGUCGGCGAGAAGACAUAUCAAAAGGUAUCGAAGCUGCUUCUUCCGUACUUGCAGGUACGAACGAUGCAAUUGCCCGUGAGGAGCGUGUCGAAGCCGUCGAGGAACUCAAGAUGCUUGUGGAAGAUUGGAAGGGUCAUCGCAUAGAAGGUUUUGGUGACCUUCUUUUGCACGGCCAGUACACGGUUUUGAAAGGAGAGAGCAUGAGCUCCAAGAACGAGGAGCGAGAAUACAAAAUCUACCUCUUUGAGAUGAUUCUACUCUGUUGCAAAGAGAUCAACGUCAACAAGCCCAAGAACAAAAUGUCUACACGAUCCCUGGUCACCAAGGAUGGAAAGCCAAAGCUGCAGCUCAAAGGUCGUAUUUUCAUGCAAAAUGUUACAGAGACAAUAUCGCUCCAAAAACCAGGCUCAUAUACCUGCCAAAUCUUCUGGAAAGGCGAUCCCGGCAUUGAAAAUUUCAUUAUCAAGUUCACCUCGGAAGAGACAAUGAAGAAAUGGGCCCUGCAAGUCGACACCCAAAGACGCAUAUGGAAGGACCAGGCCCGGACCAGUGCCAGUACGACACACUCCAAACCCUCAGAUACCCAAUUUGCGUACAUGCGCGACCAAGUUCUGGAGAACCCCUACCAAGAAGACGAUGACGAUGAAGGCGACGAUGACAUUGAUCCCGCAACUGGCUAUCUACGCAAUCCAUACGGUGUAAGACAAGAUUCCUCCACUCCUUCCCUACGGUCACGUUCCACAACCGGCGAAAGCGGCCCUCCAAUAAAUGACGCAGACUCCCGAGUACCACCUCCACGUUUCCCUCUGGGUUACAACGGCCAACCACCACUAACACUGCGCACUCAGCAGAUACAGAAUGCCGCCAAUCAAGAAUCUUACUUUUCCCCAACAGCAGAGACACCAUUGCAAACCCCAAUGUCAAUACACUCCAAUGCACGAACCAGUCAAUCAUCAAAUAACGGCACUUUUCCUUUUCCCCGGCAAGCAGCACCAAAUGGUUAUCCACAUGAAGAGAACAACCGACACACUGCCCCCGCGCAAUCACGCCAUGGAUCUCGUGGUGAAAACAAUGCACACCAGUCAGCCCGUGCUCAACGCCCAUCACUACCCGCCAACGCCACCAUUGCAGCCCAAGGACGGAUGCGCGCGGCUAGUAGUCCUGAUAUCAACUCCCAUCUCCAAGGCCAACCACGAAGAGCACCCCAGCAACCAGUACCCGAAGUGCCGCCCUUCCCCACGCACUAUGCCUACAACGCGGCCAUUGUCAACCGCAGCGCCAGCAAUUCUCCAAAUCAAGCACCACCACGAGCAGCGACUCAAUCACCUGCCAUUCAACGUGACCGCCUCAUUCAGCAACGGACCGCCUCAGAGUUGGCAAACCAGACUCCCGAGUUUCACAAUGGUGCCAUGCGCCGUGACCCAAGUUUUACUUCUGUGAACCGGACCAUGACGCCUGCAUCAUCUUUUGAGCGCAGCCAAGGUACCUUGACACCAGCUUCAAUGGAUUCUCGAAACAUGUCGCCGCCACUUGGCCAGGAUCCAAGCAUACCGACUCAACUCAAAGUCAAGGUCCACUGUCCCUCGGCAGGCAGCUCAAUGGUUCUGGUCGUCAGUACCAACAUCAGCUACCAGUCACUCAAAGAUCGCAUCGACGCAAAAUUGCAGAGGUCGACAUCCGUGUCUCUUGGAUCCGGUCAGGUCAAGCUAAAAUACCUGGACAGUGACAACACCUAUGUCAGCAUACAAUGUGACGAUGACGUUCAAGAGGCAUUUGAAAACUGGAAAGAACAGCAGAGUAAUCUCAAUCCUGGUGGCGGGCUUGGCGAGAUUGAACUUUUCUGUCAACGAUGA